AUGCAAAACAAACAAGCAAUCAAGCAUAAAUUAGCAUCAGCUAAGUUUAAAUAGAUAUAAAAUCAGCUAACCCAAAUCUUAAGCAACUCUAAAUAGUGGGCUUAAGAAAGUGUGAUAUAAUAGGAUGAAAUUGAGAACUUUCAAAACGUUAAAGAAGAAAAUUUCAAAAAUACAGCUAGCUUCAAUCAAUAAAUGUCUGCAAAUAAAAACCAAUAGAAUUACAUAAAUAAGAGUUAUGAUGUAAAAGAUAUUCAAAGAAUUUAGUAUACACUAGGCACCUAUAGCGAUCAAUUGAGUUUUAGAUAACCUUUCUAGGAACAUAAUCAAUAAAUCAUACCUUAGAAAUAAAGCUCUAAUCAUUAAAGCAGCCAAAGUAAAUUAAUAAAAGACCCUGAAAUUAUACCAUCAAACUUCUAAAAAAGCAAAGAUAAUUUCAGUCCACUUAACCUUCAUAAGAAAAACAAAAGUCAAUUACAUACCUCUCGAGUUUCUCAUUAUUAGAAUCCAUAUAAAAACCCACAUUUAGUAAAUCAAACAAAUACCGAAGAUUAAAGAGAAAUCACCUCUGAGAGUGGCAGUAGUACAUGCAGAUCUCUUGUAAAAGAUAAAUAUGGUAGGAUGCUUGAUGAGAUCAAUAAAUGUCAUCAAUUAAAUACCUUCUAGUCAGGUACAUCAAUAACUCAUAGAUCUAAUGACAGUCAUUAAUCUAUGAAGCCAAAUCAUUAAAGAAAAGGAAGCUUUUGUUCUCUCGGUUAAAGUAGAUAAAAUUAGUAAAAACAAAUAAAUGAAGGUAAUAGUAUCAGAAUAACGACAGAAAAUUCAUCAAUGGAUGCACCAUAACCUCAAAUUUUAAAUUUAAAUAACUUAGUUUCCCAAUAAUAAACAUAACCAAUUAGAGAAUAGUAAAGUCUAAAAAAUGCUUAUACUGAGAGAAGAUUAAAUUAAGUAAGCUAGAGUAUGUCAUACUCAUCUACAAAUAGAGCCCACUUAUUGGUAAGUAAACCAUAAGGAAAAGACAUCUAAAAUCAUAUCGCACAGAAAACUAAUGAAUAUAUUCCGACAAUAUCAACAUUAGUAAACUAAAAUGUUCCAAAUAGUUAAUGCUCGUUUGAUGAUAAAGUAGCAAUGAUGCUUGAUAUUUUAGUUAAAAAUCCCAGAAAUAAUGAAAUUCCUGUUAAUAUCGAUAACUUAUAAUAGUUUGCAUGUCCUACAUAAUCUUAAGAGAGCUAUAGAUUAAAUGAAUAAAUUUUAGAUUCCUCAUCUCAGUUCUAGAAUACUCAAAGAUGGGAUGUUGAUAGCGGUGAUUUCAACAAAUUAUAUCUUAACCAAGCAUCAGAACGAUCUAAAACUAAAGCUGAUAAUAAUAGCCAAUAGAGCAGUAGAAAAUUGAGAAAUGUAAAUAUUAAUCUUGGAGCAUACUAAAAGAUGAAAGAAGAGGUUAUAAAUCCAUUUUAAUAAAGAUAUGAUGAAUUUGAGUUAAAAGAUUUUACAAUCUAAUUGCAAAAGAUACCUUCACCUAUGAAUGAAAAACCUCAGAGAGAAGAAUAAAAAAGCUAUCAGAAAAUUGACCUUUAGGACUUUUAGAAAUUUGAUCCUAUGAUGUGUAAAACAAAAGAUAUAAUUUAAGAUGAAUUUCAAGAUAAUCUCAGAUAGUUUGUUCAAUCUAAAGCUUAAGAUAUUGUUUAUAGAGUUUAGGAUGAUCUGAAGCAAUUAUCCUAUAGAUCAAAUAGCACCUAGCAAACUUAAAUCGAUGAUGAACUAAAUAAUAACUUCAAUAAAACUAUAGAUUCUGCAUUAAGUCAUAAUAAAAUGAACUAGACCAGGACAUUCCCAGAUUAACAAAAAUAAUUUAGAGAAAAUUCUAAUGUAACACCAAAACAAACAAGGUAUAAUGAUCAAUAUUAUCAAUCUAAUUAAAAGUCUGGUUAGUCAAAUGAUUAGAAUGCAAAUUAAUUUGAUUCAAUUUAGAAUACCCCAAUAAUCAAUAGUUGUUAAGUAAUGGAUUUCGAUAUCCAAUUAAAGGAUAUCAGGAUUAAUAAUAAGCAAGACAAUCAUUCAGGAAAUAAGCAGUAAAAGGUUUUAAUUUCAGAAAAUGUACCAAAACUUAAUAAAAAUGAGAUAAAUAUAAAGCCCUUGCAAGUUAAAAAUGCCUAGAAUACUGAGAAAAAGAACAAGAAGUCCCCCUUUACAUCUAAAUUCAUGUUGGAUAAAGACUCUUUUAUCAAUAAAAAGUUUGAUGUUAUUUAAACUCAUAGAAGAUAGUAAACAUAAAAAAUUAAUGAAUAGCAACGAACAGCUAUCUUAAUUGAAAGUGACUAAAAUUAGCAAAAAUAAAAUAAAUAGCCUAACUUGCGAAGAUAGGAUCAUAUUUCUGAUAAUAAAAAUUAAACAAAAAAAACAUAAGAAGUGCCCUAAUAUAAUCAUAUUUCAUUACAACAAUAUUUAAGCACUAAAUCAAAUUAGAAUUAAGGUAUAUCACCAGAUAAGUUCUUAUAGUAAUUCAACAGUCCCUAUCAAAACCUCAAAAAAGAUUCAUCAGAAUAAGAGUUAAGAAUCUCUGGAACAAAUAGUUUGACAAGGCAAGUUACAAGUAAAGGUAGAAUUCAAACUAAAUACAACACAAGAUAAUCAGUAACUUAAUAAAAUAGUCCAAUUUAGCAAACUGCGAGCAAAAGUCCAUAUUAAAGCUAAAACUAAGAAAAAACAUUGCUGUAAAAGUAAAGGUCAAAUUUCUCAAGAUCAAGUUUUAAGUCUAAAGAAGAUCUAAUAAAUAGAAAUGGGAGCCACCCUAGUAUAAAACAUACUGGCAGCCAAAAAUCAAUUAAUGCUAAAUUAAAAGACAUUUCCUCAUAACUUAACAUUAAUUAAGCCAAUUUCUUCUAGAAUAAAGUUAAGUAGCUAGAAAAUCAAGCCAAACAAGUCUAAUCUUCCUAAAAUAUUGCUAAAGAUAACAAAGAUCAAUUAAAACCAUAAUUAUCAAAUUCAAAAUCUUAAUCAAAGGGAUCAUUUUUCAUGUUACAAAAAACACCUAUAGCCAACAAGCAGCUUGAUAAGAAAAAUGUAAUAAUGUAGUAAAAUUAAGACAGAUUGAUAAAAAAGAUUGAAGAAAAGAAUAGAAAAAUCCAGAACAUUGAAAAAAGUAAGCAAAAUCUUACUUUGAGUGCUAACAAAACUCCUAGGCAAAAUAAAAGUAUAGCGAGAGAAAAAAGUUUGAAUAAAAUUACAAGCCUAGGACCAUAGUUAACCCCAAUACUACAAAAAUAAAAUUAAGAUGAAAACUACUAAAUGAAAAGAAUAUCUCAAUUCCAGCAGCAAGAGCAAAUGAAGCUUGAUAAUGAAGUUACUUUAUUUAAUACUUAAUCCUCAAAUGUUAGAACUUAAUAUGAAAGCGAUAAAAAUAUGGAUAAGCAUAUAGAUAGUAUAAGAUAAUCCGAGGGCCCAAAAGUAUGUGCAAAUAUAAUUUCAUUGAAUCUAUCUAGAAAUAAUCAUGAAAAAGAAAAUACUAAUGAAGCACAUUAAUAACAAAAAAGCAUAUCAAUUAUCAAAGAUAUUGAAAUUCCAUUAUAAUCUGCAUAGAUGCCUUUGCAAAAAAACACUAAAAACUAGCAUCAAAUAAAUUUCAAUAACAAUUAGAUCAUUGAACCUAGGAAAGAAUAGAAGAUCCUGCUUUAAAACUAGAACAAUAGUUGCUUGAUACGAAAAUAAUUCUAGUGA